AUGUCGAUUCAGAGCUCAAAUUGGCAGACCCCGGCGGAGAAGCGCAAGAGCCUUCUUGCCAGUAUACGCGACGAUUGGAAGCUCUCACCAGAGGACCUAGUGAAAGCAAAAAGCCAGCGCGACAUCACCGGUGUAGUGCCAGAGCACUUGGAAGCCGCCGAAGCGUCGAUCUUAGCCAAAAACGCCCCAGAUAUUGUCAGUCACGUGAAAGACGGGACCUACAGUGCUCUACAGGUCACCACGGCCUUUUGCGACUGUCUUCAUGAACUCUUCUUUGACCAGGCCUUGGAACGUGCCAAGGCUCUCCACGCUGGUUUCAAGGAGACAGGAACGGUCUCUGGACCUCUCUACGGCCUUCCCAUCAGUUUGAAGGACCAGUUUCACAUCAAAGACGUCUAUACGACUAUGGGUUAG